AGGCGGUGACGUCGUCUUCGGUUCCGGAUCAGAAAGGUGAUAGCACAGCAGAUACAAGCUAAAUGGUUCUGAAACAUUCCAGUUUCGGUGAAUAUUAACUUCAGUUAAGUUCCUAACUAUGAUUAGCUUAUGGGUUAAUAAUACCGUAUAUAUAAUCUUCGCUUAAUUAAAUUAUGUAAAGAUAAAACUCAUCAAAAAUAGUUAGGCUUAGCUCUUUCAUGGUCUUCAUCCUCAUCUUUUAAACUUGUUCAUGGGCUAUAACUCAGUUAUUCACAGGACACAUGUCAACAGUUGGAUAGCAGUGGUAAAAAAAAUACAUUCAGAAGAAAUCUUAAGUAUUAAAGACUAAUUUUUCCCACAAUGGGAAAUUUAUUGAGGAUUUUAUCCAGAGAUGAUAAUCCUAAAUAUGAUGUAUUUGUUGAUUUUGAAAAUGCCCAACCAACUGAAUCUGAAAAAGAAACGUAUUCUAUUGCACAAGAAGUUCUACAAUAUUCUCGAGAUAUACUUUUAGAGUUGCAAAUGUAUAAAGGAGCAGUAAAUGAAAUAAGAGAGGCAAUAACUAAUCCUUGUAAUGAAGCAUACCAGGCAAGAGCAUGGGAAGCAGUUAUUCCAUUAGUUUCUAAAUUGAAACAAUUCUAUGAAUUUUCACAACAACUUGAUGAUGUGGUGCCUCGAAUUUUAUGGGAACUAUGUUCAGGACAAAUUCCUCCUACACAGCAUCUUGAAACUCAACAGGCCUUGGUUAAACAGUUUGCUGAAAUUUUAGAUUUUGUUCUCAAAUUUGAUGAUUUAAAAAUGACCAAUCCUGCAAUCCAAAAUGACUUCAGUUAUUAUAGGCGAACAGUGAGCAGGUUAAGAUUGGCUAAUCAAGAUCCUAUUGAAGAAGAAUUAGAAGUUCCAAAUGAACUAGCUAAUAGAAUGUCCUUAUUCUAUGCUCAUGCUACACCUAUGCUGAAAGUAUUAAGUGAUGCUACUACACGUUUUGUUGCUGAAAAUAAAGAUUUACCAAUAGAAAAUACUACUGAGACAUUAGGUACAAUGGCCAAAGUGUGUCAAAGAAUGGUGGAAAAUCCGGAAUUUUAUUCAAGGUUUAAAAAUGAAGAAACAGUUCUCUUUGUUCUUCGGGUUAUGGUUGGUGUUAUUAUAUUAUAUGACCACGUUCAUCCGGUUGGAGCAUUUGCCAAAUCAUCUCAUAUUGAUGUAAAGGGUUCAAUUAAAGUGUUGAAAGAUCAACCUCCGAAUGUUGUUGAAGGUCUUCUUAAUGCUCUAAGAUAUACAACAAGGCAUCUGAAUGAUGAGACAACUCCAAAACAGAUCAAAAGUCUUCUGGCAUAAUGGUUUUGAAAAAAAAAAGAAUAAUAUUUAUAUUGUCACUGCCUUUUGCUUCACCUACAGACAUCUGUAUAUAUAUUGUGAUCAAGUUAAGAGACUUCAGGGUAAUGAUGCAUAGGAAGCAGUAAAGGUAGAUUUGUAAUUGACAGAGUAAUGUCAAGUUGGACAUCCAUCUUCACAAUCACAGUCUUAUUUCCAUUGGUGCCUCUCUUUUAUGUAACUACUAUAGGCCCAUCUUUUUAUUGUUGUCAAUACUCACUAGUGCACUACAAAAAGUGAGUGCUAAGUAUCCAUUUGUUGUAUUGCUGUGGUUAUGUGAUUUAUAGAAUAUGGCUUAUUGCUGGAUAUCUGUCCUCUUUCCUUGUGAGCAUACAAAAUUGAUGUGAAUGUCUUUAAUUAUUGCUUGUAGUUGAAAAAAAAGAAAGAAAAAAAAAGCAAACUAGAAACACUUGUCCAAGACACACUAGAAAUAGUUGCAUGAGCUUGAUCAUAAGCUGCCUAAAAAAGAAAAGAAAAAAUAUUCUUUUCUUGAUAAUAAUAAACCCAAAACUUAAUCUAAAGAUAAAUUGAGUUUAUUAUCAUCUAAGAAUUUGUAAUCUUUCCAAAAAUGAACAGAAAAUAGUCUGUUAUAUUAAGUGUUUGAAUUAGCUAUAUUUUCUGAAGAAUUUUGUAAUUUAUGGAAUACGUCACUAUAUAUGCUAUAGAAUUAAAACUGAUUUAGGAAAAAAGGUAAAUUGCAAACAAGAAAAGAGGAGCUAUUUGUUAACAGUAUAUUGAUCUCAUAAAAAAAAAUUGUUAUAUCUUAUGUCCAAAAAAAAUAAUAUAAAAUGUUUAAGAUGUAUGAGUAACUUUCCUAUAAAAUUGAUUGUUGUGAAAGCAGUUUUAGAAACUGGAAUCAUGAUGGUUUUCAAAUUGUGAGAAAAUAAUGGUCUGAAAGGCUAUUUUCUUUUUUAUUUAAGAAGAAAAAAAAUUUCAUAAUGCACUGUUAUAUAUUUGAAAUAUAAAUAGUGCAUUGAGUAUGCUUGAAGAAAAAAAGGUUGUGUGAUUUAAAUAUUUAUACUUAAAACGAUGCUUUUAAAACCUAAAAUUGAUUGAAUUUAAAUCUUUAUUUUCCAUGACAAAAUUUAUUUUCAAAAUAAAUGAUUGUAUAAAGAAUGCUCAACUAAACUUUGCAGAACAUAUCCUGUAAUAUAAAUUAUGCAAUAUAGAUUGAGUGUUUGAGCUCUCUAAUGGGUGAUAUCGUAUAGCAUCUUUUUCAAAGAUUUAAAAAAAAUUAUGUAGAAAUGCAUUCAUCGACAUAAAUACAUCUUCUCGAGGUUGAAUUUUCCUUCUUUUCGGAUUGGUAUACGUGAAAGUCUAAGAUGGUAUAAACAAAUUGGAUAUGAAAACUUUAAGAUAGCUAAUAUAUUCAAAUUUGAAAUGAUAUUCCUUAAGCAGCAAUUAAUACACAGAAUGAUUUUGAGAUUUUCAAUCUUAUUGAAAAAAUAAUUUAUAAAUCAUUAUAUUAUUCUAUCGUCUAAUUCAGCAGUUUCCAAAUUGUUUUCUUACAUACCAAUAAACACGAAAAGUUUUUCUUUUGGUAGGAUUUAGUAACAAUAAUCCUACAAAACUUCAUCUAUGUUAGAUUAAGGAAAUUGUUUAGAUUUAAUAUCAAAAAUUAAUUUAUUUAUUGCACUUUUAUCAUAGAUUCUUGCAGAAGUUAAAUUUUAGUACUAUGUUUACACUAGUUGUAGAAGUUACUUGUAUCAUUAAUGGUGUACUGUACAUACCACAAUUUGGGAACUGCUAAUGUAUUAUAUAUGUAUUUACAUUUUAAUUCUUUAAUCCCUUUACAUAAAAUCGAAGUUAUACCUAUAUGCAUAAUUCUUAUAACUUUAAUUGUUUACAUUAUUUUUCACCCAUCUACUUAAAUCAAAAAAGAGGAUUUUUUUUAAUACAAACAUAUUUUUUAUCCCAAAAUUUUAUGAACAUUUUAUAGGAAAAAUGUACUGUAUUUUAAUAGAAUGAAAAGUUUUAAUUGUCAUUUAAGAAAAAGAUAAAAAAAAAAAAUUCUAGUCAUUGAUUGGCUUUAAUGAUUUAUCAGUCAUUUAUUUUAUAUGAACCAUUUUUAAAGUACAAAUUGAUUCAUAUUGAAUGCAUGUUACAUUUGAUUUUUUUUCAUCACGAAUAAAUGUUUAAAGAAAAAUUUAAUGGCAUUUAAAAGGAAAUUAUUUUUUAAUUUUUGGUUAAUUAAUGUUUUGGCUGUUAUAUAAAUAAUCUCAAAAAAAUAUAUAUAUUUAUUCUAUUAAUAACUCAAAUUUUAGAUACGUUACAUAGUUCUUUCAAGCUUCUUAAUAUUCUGUACUUAAAAUAGUCAUCCCAAAAUAGAUGUUAAGGUAAGAUAUUGCAAAUCUGUUGAAAUAGCAGCAAGUCCGUUUAAUUCUGUAAAAUACUUGCCUAUGCUAUUAAUUGUAUAUAGAUACCGAGAUAAUAUUCGAAACAGGUAAAACGAUUUCUGUAAUAUACUUUUUUUAGUAUAAAAUUUUAUUGUACGUUUGUAGCUUUAUAAGCUUGUUUGAAAUGCAUCUGUCAAAAUAAUAAUUAUAUAUAGAAAAUUGUCUUUUUGUGAUAUAAAUUUAUACAAUUUUCUGUUAUUUGUUUUUACAAUAAAUUUGUGUAGUUGUUUUUUAACAGAACCUUGUUAGUUGUAAGUUCUAUGAGACUUUAUAUAUAUAUAUAUAAAUUGUCUGUGCAUUGCAUUUUUAAGUCUGGAAAAGAAAAUCUUAAAUUUUUUUUUUUUUUAAUUGUACAGUAAUCAGUUUGUGGGAAUUUUUUGCAAUCGACCUGUUACAGCAGCUUCGUAGAUUAAUUGUUGCUAGCUUGCAUAAGAUACAUUUGCUCCGUGAGUACAAAUAAUUAAAUUGCAACAUUAAUCCGGUGCUUUCAGAAAUGCAAUGCACCAAUUUGUGAUUUGUGGUUUUAUUAAUAUUGCCACCGAGUGUUGUCCUGUGGAACAAAAAGUCAAUGUGGAUAAAUGUUUUCGUUGGUUCAAAGAUGAGUUUGGAUAAGUUAAAAGUGUGGCUUUCUAGUCCAGUGUAGAUGAUGUAUAUAAAGUAACACUGUUGGAAUAAAAACAUUUUGAUUGCCAAAGUUCAAUAA